AAGAAUGUUGCUUAUCAGGAACUUGGGAAUUGGGAAUUUAUCUAAAUUUUCAUCCCGACAGUUCAUCUCCAGUAUCCGGAGUGUAUCAGGGGUUCUUGAACCUAUAUAUUCUAGUACCCGGAGUGUAUCAGGGGUUCCUAAACCCAUAACAAAGCCUGAUGUAGUGCACACUGGUAUUUUCAUCAACAAUGAAUGGCUGGACUCAGAGUCAGGGAAAACCUUCUCCACCAUUAACCCUAGUACGGGAGAGAUAAUCUGUGAGGUUGAGGAGGGAGACAAGGCGGAUAUAGACAAGGCAGUUGAUGCAGCCACUCAAGCAUUUAGGUUGGGAAGUCCCUGGAGAACUAUGGAUGCAUCAAAGAGAGGAAAUCUGCUCAAUAAGCUCGCAGACCUCAUGGAGAGAGAUAGGGUUCUGUUGGCAUCCCUUGAAACCCUGGAUAACGGAAAACCGUAUUUGACCUCCUACCUAGCUGACCUGGAACUCAGUAUAAAAUGUUACCGUUACUACGCUGGUUGGUCGGAUAAGCAUCAUGGUAAGGUGAUAUCUGUGGAUGGAAACUAUAACUGCUACACUAGACAUGAACCUGUCGGAGUAGUUGGACAAAUCAUACCAUGGAACUUUCCUCUCCUUAUGCAGGCGUGGAAGCUGGGACCCGCUCUUGCCACUGGGAACUGUGUUGUUCUUAAACUGGCGGAGCAAACACCACUGUCAGGUCUGCACGUAGCACAGCUUGCCAAGGAGGCAGGGUUUCCUCCCGGAGUAAUUAAUGUUGUCCCUGGGUUCGGUCCUACUGCCGGAGCUGCUCUAGUAACCCAUCCUAACGUGGAUAAGAUCGCGUUUACUGGAUCAACAGAGGUGGGAAAACUUAUUCAAUCUGAAGCUGGACAAACAUUGAAGAGAGUUACUCUGGAGCUAGGAGGAAAAUCCCCGAAUAUCAUUCUCAAGGCUGAGACGGAUCAUGGACCUCAGAUAGACCUGGAGCAGAUGGAGAAGAUAUUAGGAUACAUCAAAACAGGAGAGAAGGAAGGGGCAAAGCUUCUCACCGGGGGUAAAAGACACGGAGAACAGGGAUAUUUUGUUGAACCAACAAUAUUUGGAGAUGUAGAGGAUGAAAUGAAGAUCUGUCAAGAGGAGAUAUUUGGACCCGUCCAGUCUAUACAGAGGUUUAAAACACUGGAUGAAGCUGUAGACAGAGCAAACAAGAACAGCUAUGGGUUGGCUGGAGCAGUAUUAACCAAGGAUGUUGGGAACGCGAUGUAUGUGAGUAACUCCCUGAGAGCAGGAACUGUUUGGAUAAACUGCUAUAACGUUCUAGCUGCUCAAGCACCUUUCGGAGGAUACAAGAUGUCGGGUGGUUUUCUAAUAUUUAUAUUUCAAGAUGCAAGAUGUCGGGUAGUUUUCUAAUACUUUCUAAUAUUU